UAAUUGAGGCUCAAGUAGAAGGAACGAAGUUAUCCUGCCGUUCCGAGAAUGGCAAAGAAGGACCCCGAAGCGAUCUGGUACUACUUCGAGACGAAGGAUAGCAUUCGAGUAAUGAUGGUACUUUACGGGUUCAUCACCUUUCUGGCCAUGGUUUCGGAAGCGACGUCUACUGUCGUCACGGCCAGGAACACGGAUUACCACAGACGUCCGCACAUCUGGAUCAUGGGCACCACCUACACACUGCUACGGUUUCUGACGCUCAUCGUCAUCAUGUACUGGAUCGCAGCUGCUUCCAAGACGAGCAUUCAUGGGAUGCGCAUUGGAUUCAACAUAAUCUUCGUGCGCGUCAUCGGAACCCUGUUGUACACUGUUGGUUACUUUGUCACCGAAACCUUCCUGAUCCCGGACACACUGUCGAGACGGUACCGCAUGAUAAUUCACCCUGAUAUCAUUCCGAAGGAGACUACUCUUAUUACUGUCCUGGCGUGGACAGUAGUUGAGUGCGUGAUGCUGGACCGCAUGAACCACUACGAGCUGUACACCGCGUAUCAACGCUCAGCGGCCAGCCCGAAGUCCUCCCGCCUUCCAAGUCCUCAAGUGAUGAGCCCCACCGCCGCGGUCUUGUCUCCCACGGGCGUCCUCUCUCCCAGAGCACAACAGUUGCGGUCGGCGAAGGCUUCCAGGGCGACCACCCCCGCUGUCCUCAGCCCUACAACACCACGCCGCCCGGCGCAUGGCCAAGUCAGCAGGGUAGCCAGCCCGACUACCCCAGCGUAUCCGCGGAAACCCCGCGCCGUUUUGUCUCCGACCCGACCUCGUGGCACGGUGGCGCCUAGUCGGGUGGGGAGUCCCACGCAAGGUUACGCCUUCGCGUAUCGUCCUGCCGGCUCUGUGGCACCGAGUCGCGCCGCAAGCCCCACGGUUGCCUACGCGCCCGCGAAGUGACGCCGCUUUCGCGUCUGGCGCUGCUGUCACGAGAUCGUUCUCCUUAUUGUAACGAAUGUAUAGUACUAAUUAAAACACUGAUCUUUCC